AAUCAACUGUGUCACAAAUCCCUCAUACACAAACAAGACCACAACCACGAGAUAUGAGUCGGCCAACUUUCCACUGGACCUGUCCGACUGUUUGCAGGACGCGUCGGUUUGGGAGGCCAUGGAAAUACGAUUCCUUGAGAACGAUACCUGCACCGUCCUCAGACCCAAACUGUGCACGUCGGCCUCAACGGGGGAGGACAGGAGUCAAAAGACAUCUUUACUGGACACCAAGCGCACGGAGCUGGUCACUAAGAAUGGAGAUCUAACGAAGGUCAAAGGACAGAUACGUCGACAGACGGUCUGCGUGGAGAAGGUACACGUCAAGAACCUGCUGAAUACAAAACGAGAAAAAUGCGGCAACUUGUCGUCCAGCCGACUGUCCGAGUACAGGCCACCGAAUGUUUACAGCGCCAUGGACACGUGUACCAACGCCGAGGUCAAGAUGGGGUACCGGGCCGGGGGUGAAUACCGAAGCGAAGAAUACUUCACGG